AUGCAGUCGGCAAUUAUCUGGCCAAAGAAGUACCUCCCUGGAACGACCGACAACUAUGUGUCCAAUGAAGUCAUCGUGAGGGGUAUAACUGCUACCCAAGUCUGGCAAUUUCUAUCCGACAUCACGAAAUGGGAAUCCUACUAUGGCAACUGCAGCCAAAUCACGCCGCCGUCUUCAGGACCUCUUUUGCAAAAAGGCGACAAAUUCAGCUUUUCGACCUUUGGUUUCCCGCCUCUGCAGUCAGAGGUAUGGGAAUCAGACGCGCCAACUGCGUCCUCGACCGGUCGACUGGCUUGGAGAGCAUGGCAAGAGGGUGAUGAGGACACAGCACUGGAUGUGUAUCACGCCUGGCUUGUCGAAGACUUGGAUUACGGCGCUGUGAGAAUCUUGACUCAAGAGUCUCAGAUUGGAAAGCCGGCGGCGCAGCUUUCAACAGCCAAGCCAAACCCCAUGUUGAAUGGACAUCAGGAUUGGUUGGACAGUUUGGUCAAGUUUACUAAGGAGAAUACCAAGCGGACUUAA